AUGGCAUCGGCAAGAAACCUAGCGAAACAUGAUCUGCCGCAAUUCUAUUUACUUGUGGUUUUAUAUUUUGUUCAAGGGAUCCCUGUCGGAUUGGCCUUUGGUACAAUCCCGUUCCUAUUGAAAUCCAUGUCAAAGACUAUGUCGUUUACAUCGUUAGGUUUAUUUUCGAUGGCUACCUAUCCAUACUCGUUAAAGAUUCUAUGGUCUCCAAUUGUUGAUUCGUGUUAUAGUCACCGUAUUGGCCGUCGUAGGUCAUGGAUCAUUCCGAUCCAAUGCAUUAGUGGGAUAAUGUUAUGGACCCUUGGACAGGCUGUAUCAAAAGGUAUAGUAUUUCCUGGAGUCGAUGCAUCGUUUGAUAAAAAUAAUGUAGUAGCCGUUCCAACAAAUCAUCCAGCUAAUGAAAUCGAUGUAUUUUCAUUAACAAUGUUGUUUGGUACAUUAGUGUUUUUAUGUGCAACUCAAGAUAUUGCAGUUGAUGGUUGGGCUUUAACGAUCUUAUCUCGAGACUCAUUAUCAUAUGCCUCUACUGCUCAAACCGUUGGUUUAAAUAUUGGUUAUUUCUUAUCAUUUACAGUAUUUUUAUCGUUCAAUUCAGCAGAUUUCACUAAUAAAUAUCUUAGACCUAAUGGAGCCAUACCGAUUGAUCAUGGUUUAAUAUCGUUAGGUGGAUAUCUUCAAUUUGCAGGUAUAAUAUAUUUACUUGUUACACUGUAUGUAGCAUUAUUUGUUACAGAACAUCCAGGUCGUUCCAAUUACAAUAAAAGAAUUCAAAGAGGUGGUCUUCCAUCCACCACAAAUGAUUUGAUAGAACCUGAAUAUAAUGAUGAGGAAGAAGAAGGUAAUACAAAGAGUAUUCGUUAUAUUUAUAGAUGUUUUUGGCAAGUAUUAAGAUUACCCUCGGUGCAAACACUCGUCGGUGUUCAUUUAGUAUCCAAGAUAGCAUUUCAAUGUAAUGAAGGUGUUACAAAUUUAAAAUUAUUAGAAAAAGGUUUCCGUCGUGAAGAUUUAGCAGUUAGUGUAUUAAUCGAUGUACCAUUUGAAAUUAUAUUUGGUUAUUAUGUAGCUAAAUGGUCCAGUGAUUCAAAUGAUGCUCAAACUACAAAUUCUAAAAAGAAACAUGACCUUAUCACAAAUAAUGAUGAAAAUAAAAUCAAACUUGAAAAUGACACUUCGAUGCAUGGUGCAAGACUUCGAGAUAUUCAAUAUAAAAAAUUUUCAAAUUUGAAAAGAUUUCAAAUUUUUUUACUUGGUGAUAAUGUUGGUGUCUUGACACCAUGGUUAUAUGGUUAUCUUGGUAGAUUACUUGCUGCGAUGUUAGGUAGUAUUGUUGUAUUGAUGUUUCCAAAGGAUGGGGAAGUGACGAUGCCCUAUUUUAUAAUGAUAAUUAUACAACAUCUUUUAAGUUCCUUUAUGAAUACUGUCCAAUUUGUUGGUAUAUCUGCAUUUCAUACCAGAAUUGCUGAUCCGUUACUUGGUGGUACAUAUAUGACGUUAUUAAACACUGUGAGUAAUUUUGGUGGUACGUGGCCUAGGAUAAUAAUCAUGUAUAUUGUUAAUUGGUUUACGUUGUAUCGUUGUCAAGAUGGUAGUUUUAUAAGAGGUACACCAGAUCAAUGCCCGGUAAUUGUUGAUAGGAAUACUGUUUCAACAGCUACGGCAACAGCUACAGCAGUGUUAUAUAGAGAUGGUUAUUACAUUGCUAAUGGUCUUUGUAUUAUAUUGGGUAUUAUCAUAUAUAUUGCAGUGGUGAGACCAAAUGCUCAAAGGUUACAACAAUUACCUUUAAGUAGUUGGCGUUGUCGUGUAGAUUAG